AGUUUCAUGUGGGCUAGGCUAUAUAUAGGCAUAUAGCAUAGCCUUAUACUAUUGUCACUUGUCAGCUUUGAUUUUUUCAUUGCCUUCAUUCUGCAAUUCUGGGUUUUCUGCAUUUCGGAAACCUUUAUACAACGCUGCUUCAUCUAAGACAGACAAGAUAAAGCAGUACGUGGAAGGUGGUCGAGUAAUCAGAGUGGCACAAGGAAAAGGAGCAUCAAAGAGAUAAGUACACCGCGAACCCACCCAUUUUAUUCCGUCACAAAGAUUCCACUCUACUGUUUCAGUUGCAGUAAAAUUUCUGUUCCUGUUGUUCUACUAUCUUAGUUUCUUUUUAAAAAAGUAGGAAAGAAAAGAAAAUCAAUUGCUGCUUCUAGUGUCUUAGAUUGCUUCCAAUUCCCUCCAAAUAGAAAAUGGAAGUAUUGACAAUUCUGAGUAGUUUUGCUGGACUGUUAAUCGAAGGGGGAAAGUGUUUGAGCAGGGAGAUCGGUUAUUUUAUUGAUUACAAGGAGAAUAAUGAUGAACUUAAAACACAAAUGGAAGAUUUACUGGCAAAAAGGAGGGAUAUAAAAAAAUUUGUGGAAGCAGCUCUUAUGAGAGGAGAGGAGAUUCGAGAAGCAGUGGGGCAUUGGACGAGAAGUGUAGAUAAGAUUGAAGAAGAAGUGAUAAAUUUUCAUCAUGAUUUUGAAUCUGUGCAGAAUGAUGGGAAAUGUAGGAUUGGAUGUUGUCCUGCUCGUUACAUUCUGGGUAAAAAAGCUAUAAAGAAGUUAACAUAUGUUAGCUCUCUUAUAGAGAGAGCACCAUCACCUUACCAGGUCUCAAUUCCUCCAUCUAUACCUAGGUCUGUCACAAGUGCAAUGGGAGAUCUCAUGCCCCUUGAAUCCAGAAGUUUGGACAGAAACAGUGUUAUGGAGGCAUUGAAGAAUGAGAAUAUCCAUAUGAUUGGGGUGUACGGUAUGGAAGGAGUUGGUAAGACUACUCUGAUUAGGCAAGUUGGAAAGCAGGCUGAAGAAGAAGGAGUUUUUUAUCAUGUUGUGGUGGUAGUCGUCUCUCAAACUCCAAACUUGAAAAAUAUUCAAGGGGCCAUUGCUGAAAUGCUAGGUUUAAAAUUGAAUGAGAACGAUUCCAUAGAAAUAAGAGCAAACACGUUGUAUACAAGGUUAAAGCAAGAGAAGAGUGUCCUAAUAAUCUUGGAUGACCUUUCGGAAAGAGUAGACUUAUCUCAUAUAGGAAUUCCCCAUGGAAACGAGCACAAGGGUUGCAAGGUUCUACUCACCACGAGAGACCAAAAUGUAUGCCAUGCCAUGGGUAGGGAGGAUAGUCAAUCAAUGAAGACCAUUGAGCUUGGCGUCUUAUCAGAGCAAGAGGCUUGGGCUCUGUUUAGAUGGAGCACAGGUGAGGUUGUUGAGUCUCUUGAGUUGAUUGUUGUAGCAAGUGAAGUUGCCGCACAAUGUCGGGGUCUACCCCUAACGAUCGUUACACUUGGAAGGGCAUUACAUGGUAAGCAGGAGAUAGGAGCAUGGGAGCAUGCAGCUACAGAACUGAAGAAUUCUAAAGCUACAAACAUCAAAGAAAUGGAGAGAUCAAUAGUGUAUUCAUGUAUAAAGUUUAGUUACGAGCAGCUACCAAACGAGGAAAUCAAGCAGUUGUUCUUGUUGUGUUGCCUGUUUCCAAAAGAUCAUAAUAUCAGUGUAGAAGAAGUGGUGGAAUAUGGGAUGGGAGAAGGACUUUUUGAGGAUAUAGACAUGCUGGAUGAAGCAAGGGGGAAAGCACAGAGGAUAAUCAACAACUUAAAAGAUUGUCGCUUGUUGUUAAAUGGAGAUGAAAGAAAAGUAAGCUACCUAAGAUGUGGUCUUGACAGAGAGAUAGGUCAUGUGAGAGUGCAUGAAGUUGUUCGUGACAUGGGCAUAUCAAUUGCAUCAUCAUCAUCAUCUGUAGAAGAAAGACAAGAGUUGAAUGGAUGGCCUCCAAGCAAUAACAAAAGGGAGUCAAAAGAUGAGCAUGUUAGAAGAAUGUCACUGAUGCACAAUCAAAUAUUGGAACUCCCCAGUCAAUUGGAAUAUCCACAACUCCAGACCUUGUUGAUGCAAUUCAAUUAUAUGUUGGAGGAAGUGACAAUCCCAGAUACAUUCUUUGAAGGAAUGGCAGCACUUAGAGUUUUGGGUCUAACUAACAAUGGUUAUAUGCCGGUACCCAUGUCAUUGUAUUCCUUGACCAACCUUCGAACACUUCGUUUGCAUUGCAAGAAAACAAGUAAUCUAUCUGGACUCAGAGAGCUAAGAGAACUCCAGAUACUUGUGCUUACAGUUACAUCUGAUAAAGAGCAUAUGUUGCCAAAGGAGUUGGGACAACUGACCAACCUAAGAUUGUUGGAUUUUCAAUGCAACAACAAUUCCAUAACAAUUGCACCCCAAGUGAUAUAAAAUUUCUCCAUGUUAGAAGAA